AUGAAUCUAUCAGUCGCAGUACUGCCACCUGCCUUGCGCUUUUCGCCUUCAGAAUCAAAACAGAUCCUGACCCUCUUCAAUGCAAACGAUGAGCCGGUUAAAUACAAGAUGCUUUGUACAUCGAAAGAUGGCUUUCAAAUUUCGCCUUCAAAAGGUGAAAUUGAGCCGAACAAACGAAUCGACAUCGCAGUCAGAGCCAGGAAAUUGACACUUUCUUCGGAAGAAAAGCUCAGGGUUGAGUUUUACUCGAUGACAGAUAAAAGCAGACGAAACGCGAAAAACGUGAAUUUAAUAUUGGACGACGAUAAGCCGCCAGAGCCGCGCCCUGUGCCGCGGGUUUCAGAAACACCCGCAGUUCAAGUGAAAACCGACCAAAACCAUUUUUACUACAUGUUUUUCGUGUCGAUUUGUAUCGCUGUCCUUUCACAGUCAAAUUAUCUGCCAGAAUUCACCGAAGCUCAGCGACUGAUAGCCGCCUAUGUGCUCGGCAUGAUGACCAUUCUUCUCAUUCGAUCAGCCUAA